CCGGGCCGGCCGCCGCCGCCGGCCAGUGUAUGAACCGCGCGGCGCUGGUGGGACGCGCGGGGCCGUAUCGCGCUGUGUGUCGCUCGUCGGUCGGCACGGGGCUGGCGCCGAGCGUGUGUCGAGCGGACGGGGCAGCAAGCGGCCAGCGCCGUCGCGGGCUUUCUCCGAGGCUGGGAGCUUCAGUGACAGACAAGAGGGGACAGUGCGACUACUGAAGGUGAAGGCGGUUGAGUUGGUCCUUACGAUCCGUGAGAGCUGUGCCGAUACCGUUCGGACCUUGCUGCUGCGGGUUCGGAAUCUCGUUCUUUGCGCCAGCCACCUGCCGGCCGAUGGGAAGAUGGCGCCGACGCAGACCAUCGAGACGGUGACCAUUGUCCGGCCGCUGAAGGUGAUCGCCUUCAUCUGCGGCCUGAUCGUGCUGCUGCUGAUGGCACUGGCGCUCGGCUCCAGCGACUGGCUGCUCAGUGACGGCUGGCGGCAGGGCCUGUUCAGCCACUGCACCGAGGAGGACGCCGGCCGGCCGCUGCCGUUCAACCUUCCCUUCGAGCCCGGCUGCCAGCGCGCCAGAGGCGUCGCUUACAUCAUCGUGUCAGAAGCACUGGCCAUCUGCUGCACGCUGCUGGACGCGUUCGCCACGCUCAUGGCUGGGCUCGGCCUCCGGAGCAAAGACACCAACAAGAAGUACCGCUUCUACCGGGCCGCCGUCUACGUCAUGAUCGUCGCCCUCAUCUCGAUCCUGAUCGCGCUGGUGGUGUACCCGGUCUGCUUCGCCCAGGAGCUGGAGGAGAAUUACCGCCAGGGUGCCCCGGACGCAGGUAACCGCACUGUCUGGGAGUUCGGCUGGGGCUACGGCGUGGGCUGGGGCGCGGCCAUCUUCCUCUUCGGCGGCGUCAUCCUGCUGCUCUGCGACAAGGAGUCGGAGGAGAUCUACUACAAGGAGCGGACGAUCCUCCACGAGGAGCGCGCCUGAGCGGCCGCCGGA